CACAAAGAUACACAAAGAAAAGAUAAAGAGACAAUCAGGACUUUGCUCUUUAGUUUUGUGGGGUUUUGUAGUGUUGUGGGAAUGAAUUUACAAAACUCAAACAAAAUAAAUCAGUUGGAACCCGGUACAGAGGCUGAGAGGAUGCAGAGAGCGGUGUGUCUGGUGUCUUUGCUGGUUCUGAGUUUGGCCUGGAUCCUGCAAGCGGACCCCGUGCUGUCAGAACCUCUCACGCAGGAGAACUUUAUUAUUGGCCGGUUCAUGGGGAAGUGGUAUGAGUUAGCAGUGGUUUCUACUUGUCCUCACUACAUGCAGCGCAAGAGGGGAAACCCCAGCAUUGUUGCACUGGAGCUGCAACAUGUUGCCUUUGAGAGCAACUUCACAAUGACAUCCACUAUUUUCAGGAAUAACUCAUGUCAGCAGACAUCCACAGAUUAUGGUUUGACAAAGAUUCCAGGACGAUUCUUCCACCAUGUUGCAAGGUUCGGAGCAGACGUUGAUUCCUUCGUGGUUCAUUCCAAUUACGAUGAGUACGCAAUGGUGCUUCUGCUGAGCACGGAGAAACCCUCAGGGAUUAAAAGCACCACAGUCAAGCUUUAUAGUCGAACUAUGAGUGUGAGGAGCGCUGUGCUGGAGGAAUUCAAAACGGUGGUCAGACAACAUGGAGUGACUGAUGAUGCUGUCUUCAUGAACCACAAUAAAGGUGAGUGUGUUCCUGGUCAGAUGACAACGCCCGUCACUGCUGAGCCUCAGGUUAUUGUUCCCAAGAGGUGGGAAAAAAACACAGUGCCACCUGUGAUUCCUGCACAAGAGAAGUACACUGGUAAUGUUUGACCAGGGUGAGAGUUCAUGUGGAAUAACUGAAGAGAAAGAUUAUUACAAAAACCAGACUAUCAUGUUGUCACACCAUAAUGCAGUGUGUAAAAAUCAUU